AUCGCGAACAUGGCGCCGGAGCGGCUGCGGAGUCGCGCGGUCUCAGCUUUCAAGCUGCGCGGCUUGCUGCUCAGAGGUGAAGCCACUAAGUACCUCACGGAAGCUCUUCAGUCUGUCACUGAACUGGAGCUUGACGAGACCCUAGAAAAGAUCAUUGAUGCAGCUGAAAAACAGUCGUUGUCAUCAAACAUGAUCGAGCGAGGUGUGGUGGAGGCAGCAGUCCAGGAGUGCAGUCAGUCAGUCGACGAGACGAUAGAGCAUAUUUUCAAUAUCAUUGGAGCUUUUGAUAUUCCACAUUUUAUUUACAAUUCAGAAAGAAAAAAAUUUCUUCCUCUAUCAAUGACUAAUCAUGCUGCACCAACCCUGUUUGGAACAGCAAGAGAUAAAGCUGAGCUUUAUCGUGAACGAUAUACCAUUUUACACCAGAGGACACACAGACAUGAAUUAUUCACCCCUCCGGUGAUAGGCUCACACCCCGAGGAAAGCGGAAGCAAAUUCCAGCUUAAAACAAUAGAAACUUUAUUGGGUAGUACAAGCAAAGUUGGUGACGUGAUUGUUCUUGGAAUGAUAACCCAGUUGAAAGAGGGGAAGUUUUUUCUAGAAGAUCCUACUGGAACAGUGCAGCUGGACCUUAGUAAAGCUCAGUUCCACAGUGGCUUGUACACCGAGGCGUGCUUUGUCCUGGCUGAAGGUUGGUUUGAAGAUGAAGUGUUUCACGUCAAUGCCUUUGGAUUUCCACCCACUGAGCCCUCUAGCACCACAAGGGCGUACUAUGGAAAUAUUAAUUUUUUUGGAGGGCCUUCUAAUGCAUCAGUGAAGACUUCUGCAAAACUGAGACAGCUGGAAGAUGAGAACAAGGAUGCCAUGUUUGUGUUUGUAUCUGAUGUCUGGUUGGACCAAGUGCAAGUGUUGGAGAAGCUCCACAUCAUGUUUUCUGGUUAUUCACCGGCACCUCCAACCUGCUUUAUUCUGUGUGGAAAUUUUUCAUCUGCACCAUAUGGAAAAAAUCAGGUUCAGGCUUUGAAAGAUUCCCUAAAGUCUUUGGCAGACAUAAUAUGUGAGUACCCGAGUAUCCACCAAAGUAGCCGUUUUGUGUUUGUGCCUGGCCCGGAGGACCCUGGAUUUGGCUCCAUUUUACCAAGGCCACCGCUCUCAGAAAGCAUCACAAAGGAAUUCAGACAAAGGGUACCGUUCUCAGUGUUCACUACUAAUCCCUGCAGAAUUCAGUAUUGUACACAAGAAAUUAUUAUCUUCCGUGAAGACUUAGUGAAUAAAAUGUGUAGAAACUGUGUCCGUUUUCCUAGUAGCAAUUUGGAUAUUCCUACUCAUUUCAUAAAGACCAUCCUAUCUCAAGGACACCUGACUCCUCUCCCUCUGUAUGUGUGCCCCGUCUACUGGGCAUAUGACCACGCUUUAAGAGUGUACCCCGUGCCCGAUCUGCUGGUCAUUGCAGACAAGUAUGACCCUUUCACCGUGACCAACACAGAGUGCCUCUGCAUAAACCCCGGCUCUUUUCCAAGAAGUGGAUUUGCAUUCAAAGUUUUUUACCCUUCCAGUAAGAUAGUAGAAGACAGCAAACUUCAGGGCUUUUAAGACCGAUGAGAACACAUGAAUUUUCUCAUUUUUAUCUUGUGUAAUUUGUAUAUUAAUUGUAAUAAAGUUAUGAUAACCCUAGAGUGUUCUGCACAAAAUAUAUUUUAUGAAACUUCAGGAAGUUUUAUAGAGCAUACAUUUCCUUUGCUGUCUCAUAUAUAUGUAGAUACGUAUAAGAAAUAUUUAAAAUUUUGUGCUUUAUUUUAAUCUAACUUUGGCUAUUGACACCAUAACAAUUCUAAUAAUGUAUUAACUGUUUUUUAAAUUGUUUACUCACAAAAUGUCUUCUUACAAAGUUGAGAAAAAUCUGUUUUGGAGUAUUGGUAUAUUUACUACAUAAUUGUCCAUAAUUGUCUUUUGGCAGUUUUCAAACUUACAAAACAUAAGGGUUUUGCUUCUUAGGUUUUUGCUAUGCUGAGGAUCGAACCAGGACCUCACUCACUGUUAAGCAAGCACUCUACCACUGAGCUACACCCCAUGCCCUAUAGUUUACUUGGAAUUCUAUGUUUCACUUUUCUCUGCUGUUAUAAAAAUACCGAAGACAAUAAUUUACAAUGAACAAAAACUUGGGUUUGGUAGUUAAAGUCCAAGACAGAAGGGCAAAGAGACCCUGUCUCAAAAGGAGGAAGCGAGCUGGGUGUUUAGCUCCGUGGUUGAGAGCUCAGCUAGCUUGUACAAGGCCAGAGGUUCAAACCCAGUAAAACAUCAAACUUGUCCUGAAAUUUGAAGAUAUAACGGUGACUUAAAAUAGGUACCCAAUCCUUGAGGAUAUUUACUGAGCCUCUCAACGCUCGAAAGACCUCCCAGGGCUCACCUGUCAGCCUCAGUUACCACUGCCACAAAGCUUUAAACCUUAAAUGAAAAGGUAUUUAAAAACUUGAUCACGGCACUGGAGAUGGCUCAGAGGUUAAGAGCACUGGCUGCUCUUCCAGAGGUCCUGAGUUCAAUCCCCAGCAACCACAUAUAUAUAAUGAGAUCUGGUGCUCUCAUCUGGCAUGCAGACAGAACAUUGUAUACAUAAUAAAUAAAGUC